AUGUCGAUAUGUGAAAUGGUUAGCCAAUAUUGUUCCGGUAACCAAGAAAAUGGAAAAAUUCGAAUCUGCAUUGAUUUCAGAGAUCUCAAUCUCGCCACUCCAAAAGAUGAGUACGUUAUGCCCAUAGCAGACAUGUUGAUCGAUUCGGCAGCAGGUCAUCGGAUUUUAAGUUUAAUGAAUGGAUAUGCAGGAUGCCCAGGGGCCUUGGGAAUCUACGAAUGGACGGUUAUACCAUUCGGUUUAAAGAAUGCUGGAGCAACAUACCAACGGGCGAUGAAUACCAUCUUUCAUGAUCUGAUCGGGCAAUCGAUGGAGCAAUACAACCUGAAAAUGAACCCAACGAAAUGUGCCUUCGGAGUUUCGGCAGGGAAUUUCUUGGGGUUUUUAGUACAUGAAAAAGGGAUAGAAAUUGAUGCGAACAAAGCCAAGGCUGUUUUGUCAAUGCGGUCGCCUCAGUCGGUCAAAGAAGUACAAAGUUUGUUGGGAAAGGAGCAGCAGAAGGCAUUAGAAGAAAUCAAGCAGGCGUUAAUAAAACCACCUGUGUUGGUUCCUCCAAGAGGGGAUCGCCCCUUUCGGCUGUAUGUUGCAAAUAGCUUUGAUGUCGUGAGUAGCUUGUUGGUGCAAGAAUGGGAGGAUGUUUUUGCGUGUACUCGGUUGGAGCACUAUAUUCUGCCAAGAGAAACCGAGGUGGUUUCCAAAAUGGAUUUAAUCAAAUUAAUUCUGCACAGACCAACCAUGCAAGGGAGAUUAAUGAAGUGGGCUAUCAAGUUGGCUCCUUUCGCGUUGCGACACCGACCUCUCAAAGAGGUGAAAGGGCAGGUUGUAGCCGACUUGUUGGCUGAAUUUGCAAGUGAUCAACCAUUGGAAAACAAAUUAGUGCCGUAUAUAGGCACUAGUUUUUGGAAAAUGUUUUUUGAUGGUUCUCUAUCGAAAGGAAAGUCGGGAGCGGGGGUGAUCUUAGAAGGACCAGGUGGCAGCAAAAUUAGUUUGCAGCUUCAAAUGGAAGAGAUGACACAUAACUCCGCAGAAUAUGAAGCAUUAAUUUUGGGCUUGGAAGCGCUUAUCGCUAAAGGAGUACAAUCUAUCAUAAUUUGUGGAGACUCCCAACUCGUCAUUAACCAAGUUUUGAAACGGUAUGCUUGUAACUAUCCUCAUCUGCAUAGAUACCGAGAUACGGUAUUCCAUCUGUUAUACAAGAUCGCAGAGGUAGUUUUUGAGCAUGUACCGAGAACAGAAAAUCGGUUGGCAGACAAUUUGGCUCAGAGUGCCUGUCGACAAAUGAUUGGGAAUAUUGAUUCCAGGAUUGAUUGGAGAAUAGAAAUUAUGGUGUAUUUGGAAUCACCAAGUUCUGUGACUCCGCUGGGCAUUCGGUUGAAAGCCUUACGCUUCCAGCUUAUCAAAGGGGUUCUGUAUAAAAGGACCUUUGAAGGAGUGUUAUUGCGGUGUUUAGGACCAGAAGAAUCCAUUAAAGUAAUAGAGGAGGUUCAUGGUGGAAUCUGUGGGGCACACCGAGCAGAUUUGCUAAGUGAUGCCAGGAAUGCCAGAGACAUGGUCCAUUAA